UGUUGGAAGAGUUGCGCUUGAGAAGCAAGCAAAUACAGAUGUCGGGCUAGUGCCUAUACUGGCGCUAAUUCCCAGCUCGGAGCACUGUCGUUUGUUCUUUACUUAAACCCUCUGUUUCCCCCGAAAUGAGUAGCUCAAGGGAGGAUUCUCCGGAUUGGCUCCGUUGUUUCCAGGCGCCAACUCAUUCAACUGUUACAUUAUCCUCGGAUUCUGAUUCAUUGCCAAAUGCUAGUCCUUCUAGGGAUGAUAAAAUUGACUCUCAAUCCCCAGAAAGAUACAACAAUCAUGGUAUUGCUUCUGGUGAAACUGGUGCAGAAUCUCCAUUACAACAGAUUUCUAAGGCAAAGGCUCCCAAAAGGGGGCGAACUGGAGAUGGAACGCCAACGAAGAAAGAGAGAAACAAAAAGAAGAAGAAGGGGGUGGAGGAGGAGGAGGAGGAGCAAAGAGAAGGGAAUGGUGCUGAUGAGCUAGCUGCUGAAGAAGUAACUCAUGCAGUGAAUCAUUCAAUUUUGGCGUUAUCAUCUGAUUCUGAGUCUUCUCAUGAUAAUAGCUCUGGGAGGAAGGCAAAAAAUAUUGAAAGCAAAGAGAGUGGAGAGGAUGAGGAUUCAAUGGUUGGUAGUAGCAGUGGAGCAGUGAAGAAGGCCUCAAAGGAAAAAUCUCCUAAAAAAUUGUUAAAAGUUGAGGGUCAUACACACAAGAAAGGGAAGAAUAAAAAUGAUAAUGUGCUGAAGGGAGACCAUGAUGCUGUAGAGGUUGUAGAUGAAGACACUUCUGUGAAGCGUACUGAUCCUCAUGUAUCAACAUCUAGGCUGCCCUUGCUUCUCCCUGAGAAAGUCGGUCGUUCAAAAGCACUUGUUGAAUGCGAAGGGGAUUCCAUAGAUUUGAGUGGUGAUAUGGGGGCUGUCGGACGAGUAGUGAUUCCAGAUGGUUCAUCUGGAAAUCAUGACAUGUACCUGGACUUAAAAGGAACAAUAUACAGAACAACAAUAGUUCCUUCUCGGACAUUUUGCGUUGUUAGUUUUGGUCAAUCAGAGGCAAAGAUAGAAGCUAUCAUGAAUGACUUCAUUCAGCUAAAAGCACAAUCUAAUGUCUAUGAAGCUGAAACUAUGGUUGAAGGAACACUUGAAGGUUUUUCUUUUGACUCGGAAGAUGAGGCUGACAAGAUGCCAAAAGCUAUUUCUCAUCAAACUGAUCAAAAUGAAGGCAAUGAAGAACAGACGAAUGGAAGAACUAAAGGAAAAGCUAAGAAAUCUUCUGGAAUGGCACAAAAUAAGGCUAAAACUGGAGGAAAAACCCAGCCUGGGAAGAGAAUAAGAAAGAAAGCUCAAGUAUCGAAGAAAACCAAGGCUAAGAAAUGAGAGAUCAACUAUUCUUUUUUACAAUAAUGCUUCAUACAGACAAGGCUAUUGAUGUUUUCAAGGAUAGAUUAAUGAUGAGGAUAGCAAUCCACAAUUUGAAGGUAUCAUGUUAGACUUUGUAAGCACCUUGAUGAAGUUUGUGGAUAUAUAAAAUUCGUCUCUUGCUGACAUGGUCUCAAAGAAAAACUUUUGAGGAGUGAAUAAUGGCUAGCAAGAGCCUAAUCACUAUAAAUGAUUAGGCUCAAUAGCCAUCUUCACAGCUUCUCCAUUGUUGAGAUCGUGAAUUUCUGUAGCAGUGGAUGGUGUAGCAACUGUACUAUUAAAUGUCCAUCAAAAUAAUUUUAAUCCUAAUCAACUAUCGAAAAGUAAAUAACAGUUCUAUGCAGCUGAGGGAAUUUAUAGCACAUCCAUUUGCGUUAGGAAAGAAAACAAU